CGAAGGAAGCUUUCACAAAGUCAUUCAAUAACUUCGCAGUUAACAAAGGAAAUUGAGUGUCAAACGCCAGGCUUAAGCUAGAGUAAAAAACAUAAGGACAUCAUCAUGACCCGAGAAAUCGUUCACAUUCAAGCGGGUCAGUGUGGAAACCAGAUUGGUGCCAAAUUCUGGGAGAUCAUUUCCGACGAGCAUGGCGUGGACCCCACGGGACAAUACCAGGGCGACUCAGACCUUCAGGAAGAAAGGAUUGACGUGUAUUACAAUUUGGCAUCAGAAGGCAAAUAUGUGCCCAGGUGUGUCCUGGUCGACCUCGAGCCCGGUACCAUGGACUCCGUGCGAGCCGGACCCUAUGGCAACAUUUUCCGACCUGACAAUUUUGUCUUUGGUCAAUCAGGCGCUGGAAACAACUGGGCCAAGGGACAUUACACGGAAGGAGCUGAACUGGUCGACUCCGUCCUUGAUGUGGUUCGUCGUGAGGCCGAGGGAUGCGAUUGCUUGCAAGGGUUCCAAUUGACUCACUCCUUGGGCGGAGGCACUGGAUCAGGGAUGGGCACCUUGCUCAUCUCUAAAAUCAGAGAGGAAUACCCCGACAGGAUCAUGAACACCUACUCCGUGGUGCCUUCGCCUAAGGUGUCAGACACAGUUGUGGAGCCUUACAACGCCACCCUGUCCGUCCAUCAACUGGUUGAGAAUACGGACGAAACAUUUUGUAUCGAUAAUGAGGCCCUGUAUGACAUUUGCUUCCGAACUCUCAAGCUUACCACGCCGACCUACGGAGAUUUGAACCACUUGGUGUCCCUCACUAUGUCUGGAAUCACCACUUGCCUGCGGUUCCCAGGUCAAUUAAAUGCUGAUCUAAGGAAAUUGGCCACCAACAUGGUUCCAUUUCCACGGUUGCAUUUCUUUAUGCCUGGAUUCGCGCCUUUAACAGCUCGAGGCAAUGCCAGUUAUCGUGCCAUGUCCGUCCCUGAGCUGACGGCACAAAUGUUUGACACCAAAAACAUGAUGGCUGCGUGUGAUCCGCGCCACGGGCGUUACUUGACCGUGGCGGCCAUCUUCCGUGGACGCAUGUCUAUGAAGGAAGUGGACGAGCAGAUGCUGAGUAUUCAGAACAAGAACAGCUCCUAUUUUGUGGAAUGGAUUCCCAGUAACGUCAAAACCGCUGUUUGCGACAUUCCGCCCAGGGGCCUGAAAAUGGCGGCCACCUUCAUAGGGAACUCGACGUCUAUUCAGGAGCUCUUCAAGCGCAUAUCCGAGCAAUUUACUGCCAUGUUCCGACGAAAGGCGUUCUUGCAUUGGUACACGGGGGAAGGCAUGGACGAGAUGGAAUUCACCGAGGCCGAGUCGAAUAUGAACGAUCUCGUGAGCGAGUAUCAACAGUAUCAAGAUGCUACGGCAGAGGAUGACUACGAUGAUGAUGAGGAUGAAGAUUACGAUUAGAAUUGGGCAUAUAUUUCUAUUUUACAGCACACCGUGUUCAGCUUAGUUAAUAAAUGUUUCGAGUGUAAACAGAA